AAUUGCCGAUAAACCUACGGACAGACGCGAAGCUGACCUGAAGCCGGGCCUGUCUUUUCACCCCGUAAUCAAUGGAGAAUUGCGACGUCGCAAAACGCGAAAAUCUCUCGCAGCAUCCCUCACUGUACCGGCGAGGUGUGUCGACAAAACAACCCCUUUAUAACGGCGAAUUUAACCCUUUUUUUGUUGCCUUUUCGAACGGAUUUUGCUAGAAAAAUGGAGCCAUGGUUCUCUAUGAAAAAUACGCAGAAGAUGUGGAGCAAUAGAAACCGGGUGUAACUGGAAUAAGCCUAAACGAAUAGUUUGGGAGAUCUUCAUGAAGAAAAGAAAAACUACGUCCUAAAUCCAUAAUGUCUUCAACACAACCGACUACAAAUAGUACACACCCACUAUCACCGAUCAUUAAAGGAGAUACAGAUACGACUACAGUCCAAUCAGUUACAUCAGGUACGGUGGCUGGUCUAACGAAACUGACAGAAAAUGUAUCUAGGAUUACCACUACGGUGGCACCAUCUUCAGUUUUGUAUAAUAAAACUCAAAAGUCAAUUAACGAGCUGCUUUACAAUGGAACCGGAUAUUACAUAGAAGAUGAGGAGGAACCAGGUUUAAACGAUCUCCACACUCUGCUGUUGGCUUGUUUCGCCACGCUGGUUUUUCUGGCUGUGACUGUGUCGACGGUUUUCGGCAUUAGGUUGAUGUGGAAAAAGUACAGAAGGAGCAAGGAAAAUUCCCAGUACGACGGGAUAUUGCACAGGGAAGGAACUUCCGAAUCAAUAUCGAGGCCAUUACAUUCUCAUCUUCUGGAAGAUAAACUGAUUGGCACUGACACAAAUUUGUCAAUGAAUACAGAAGAACUAGAUGUUACAAAUAACAUGGAAUCUCAAGUUAGAAGUAAUAAUCAUUCAAACACAAAUGGCAGUAUUAUCACCAUGACAAUGAAAAAUAAUCAUCUAAUCGUCGAAACAGAAGAAAGAAACGAUUUGGAGGAAGACAGCCGAGAAACAACAAUGACGUACUCGCCUAGCGCGCGAAAUGGUGUAUUUGUAGUUGAGGUACAGCAAGGAGUGAGAAGAAGUCCAGGUUCAGGUGGACCAACUUCCUGUAUCGAUCCAGCAUCAGUGUCCGUCAGCGACCAGUGUGCUCUGGUGCAUAAUCCACCAGACAAAUACAGUGACGAAGAAACUCUAGAAGAGUACGACGACAGUGAAUAUUACAUAGAAACCGUCUCUCCAAAUACAGAAACACCAGAUUCGCUCUCCUCCAAAGCAAAAACAGGUCUAGCUCAAUCGAAUACUAGCCUCAACUAUCCAUCCUACUGUUACACCAACCAAACUUGUUACGACAUCAACAGCUACGGUUGCAGCCAAUAUGCGGGUUAUAAGAUUUGCAAUGAACAGACUGCUUGUAAAGACGUUGAUGAUACUAGACCAAAAAUAACUGCUGCUGUUUAUAAGUCUGGUUUGAAAAGGAGUCCAAGUACUGAAGAUCUUCAUUUAGCUUCUAUAAAUGGAGUUGUAGAUGAUGGGGGUAACACUAAGAAAGAUUAUUCUUUAGAAGACCAAAUUAGGUCAGUAUAUGACAAGAGGACCACCUCAACGGCAACAACUUCUUCGAGGGAUUUGGGCAAAGCCAAAAUCGUCGGUGACGUUGCGUCUAACACGAACGUCAAGGAAACGGAAACGGGGUCUACGGAUUACGAAAAUGAAGGGUUCGAGUGCAACGACUUGGCCAAAAGUUAAAGAUCACUGUUAUUAUAACACAACUAUUAUUGGGUACUAUUAAGUAGUACCUUUCUGUGUAUCUACCUGUUUGUUGUUGGAUGUUUGCAGUCUGGUAGUUUUAUAAUUUUCGAGUAUGAGUUAGAUUUUCUGGGAAAGGCAGAUGGGUCGAAAAAAUGAGCUCCAUGUCAAUCAAUCGUGUUGUAUCAUUUUACGCUUUUAUCCACGACUAUUAUAUAGAGUGGUCCAGUUAAUAUCGUCAGGAUUUUACUAGCCGAAAGUUUGUUUGAAAAAUAAAAGUAGUUUGUCCGAUAAUAUACAGGGUGUUUCUAAAUUCAUGCGACAAAAUUCAGGAUGUGAUUGCUCGUAUGAAAUUAAGAUGGGUUUCUCCUAUAACAAAAUUUCCUCAGCCCACCCCUUUCCGAGAUAUCACUCUUAAAAAAUGGUGACUAAAAUUGAGUUUUUAUUUUGUUUUCUAAAAUGUAUUUUGGCUAGAGGUGGUCAUUUCCAUCCUUUAUUAUGAAUCGUAUUACAUAUUACAUCUUUACUGUGUUCCACUCAAUUUAUUAAAAAAAUUAUAAAUUAUGGUGUUUAUUUUUUUCUCUGCAGCUAUUGGUUUUGGGAAAAAAUUUAGGAAUAAAAAAAAUGUUUAAAUAAAACAAACUUCAUCCUGAAAAAAGUUUUGAUAUGAAAUAAAGUAAGGAUUGCUAAUUUCACUCCCCUAUAAUGUAACAGGAAUACUGAAAAAAUACCCGUGGUUAGUCCUUUGCGAAAGCACGAAAAUUACAAAUUUUCAUGUUUCUAGCUUUACUGCAAUUUUAGAAAAAAAAAUAAAAACUCUGUUUUAGUCACUACCUUUUAAGGGUGAUAUCUCACAAAAGGGUGGGCUGACGAAAUUUUGUUAUAGAAAAGACCCAUCUUAAUUUCAUACGAGCAAUUACCUCCUGAAUUUUGUUGCAUGAAUUUAGAACACCCUGUAUGAUCUAAUCUUGUUUUUUUUUAAAACUAGUUUUUUUAUUAUUAUUAUUAUUAUCUAAAAAUCACUUUGAUCGAUUUUAAUGAAAUGUUCAGUUUGUUGAUAACUACAGUAAUUUUAUCUUUUAGAUAUCUUACAGUUGAUCCAGUACCUCCAGAGGCGUGCUCAUAGGGCACGUAGAUUAGGAUCUGGCACAAACAAUCUCGCCUAGUAGAUUUUUUGUUUUUUAAAAUUCUUUUAAAUAAACGAACUAAAAAUACAACUUUUUUAAAUCUUAUAUUUCAAGAAAAAAAAAAUUAAAACUAAUAAUUUUCCAUUGAAUAUUCGAACCCUGUAUAUCAAAAAUAAAGCAAAAUUGGAUCAAAGUACCUCUAUUUUUCGCUAAUCUAUCAGCUGAUGAAAUCCUCCUGACGAUAUAAACUGGACUACCCUGUAAAAAAUAAACAUUAUGUAUAUGUUUUCCUAAGAUUAAUAUCCAUUAUUUACAAGUGAAUAGUGAUAUGAAAUCAUUAUUCAUUGUCAUUUAAAGUCAAAUAUUUUAGACAUUCAUAAAUUAAAAACAAAACAUGAUCUAAAACUCACCUGGUAUUACAUAUAUUAGAAGUACAAGAAUUCACCGAUCUGAAAUAAAAAAAUAGAAAAUCAAUGAUACAAUAUUAUUAAAGAAAAAAUAAAUUCCGGCAACAGUUAUCUAAUUAAAUGUAACUUUGGGUAAAAUUUUCAUAUAUUAUACAAGACAACUGAAAAUUCUCGAUUAUACAAAAUGUAUGGCCUGAAACACCUCGAGACCGCAGAUCGAGCGGUGUUUUUUAGUCAAUAAACCGAUUUUUUUUUAAUAAAAAUUCAAAAUUAUAUAUUUCGCAUAAAUACAGACACCCCAAAAAAUGAUAAUUUAAUGUAAGUUACCUCUAUACCAAGUUAUACCAAAAAAAGAAAGGAAACUUAUUCCAGAUUAUCAGGUCGGCUCUAGAGAAAACCGUUCAACUAUAGAUCAGGUUCAUAGAAUCUCAAAUGCGAUUGAAAAAUCAUAAGAACAUAAAUAAGUCUGUUCAGCCACCUUCAUCGAUGUUGCGCAGGCUUUUGAUCAAGUAUGGCAUGAUGGCUUAUCAGAAUGUGCUACUUCCUCAGACAUACUCAGAAAAAAAUCUAGGCAGGAAUGCCACAGAGAAGCAUCCUGGGACACACUUUGUAUCUUUUCUACACUUAUGACAUACUCCAAUUAGAACAAGUCACAACAGAUACUAUUUGAAGAUGAUACUGCUAUCCUAGCCAUAGGUAAAGAUCAUGAAGAGACUAUAAAUAAACUAAAAACAUCGGAUAAUCAAAUAAAUAACUGGACCAAAAGAUGGUGUAAUAAACUAAACGAAAGCAAAUCUGAUAAUAUUAAUUUUACUAACAAAAAUGGUCAAAGAAUACCAAUUAAAAUAAAUGGUAACUUAGCAAAAUAUCUAGUUAUUGCACUAGAUGCAAGAUCCAUGUUAAAAAGAAAAGAUAAGGGUUAAAGAAAAAGUACUUGUUACUUGGUAGGCAUUCCAGUUUAUCUACACAUAACAAAAUUAUCUUAUAUAUACAAGUCCUCAAACCAAUUUGGUCAUAUGUCAUUCAGCUCUAGGGUUUUGCUAGCAACAGUAAUAUACUGAAAAUCCAGAGAAUCCAGAACAAAGUAUUAAGCGUACCAACCUGUCAAUACCUGUUUCGUAUUCUUGAAGAGUCUCGUCUCGUUUCUGUUUGCAAUUCUUUAACUGUGAUUGCUAUAAAUGCUCCUAGUGUUAAUAGCCAUAUCGCAUGUUUAGUCUAUUUUUAAAUUGUUCAAAGUCAUCUAUCUCUUCCACAGGUAUAGUCUGAAAAAGAUCUAAAGCGUUUCCAUGAAG